AUGAAUUUAUCUAGUGACGCCAAAUUCGAGGAGCUUCAACGUCGCCUGCAAGAGUCCGAGGCUCGAAACGCCCAGCUCGAGAAGCUCGUUCAAGACAAGCAACUCAGCGCCGACUCGUCAACACUAAGCCCCGUCACUGGUGGCAUCCCUCUGGCCCAGAGUGGCUUCUCAUUCUCCAACUAUGCUGUGCCCAGUGUAAGGAGCAGCGUGCUCUCUCGCUCCAAGUCUACUAUUAGCUAUCCCACCCAGAUGGUCUCACCAUUGGAUCGAGAUGUCAGAUACCAGGCUCCCAAACGCCAAAGGCGGGCCUUCUCUCAGCAGUCUGGCCCAGCCCCCACCAUGAUGAGCCGCAGCAUCUCAAAUCGCUCCGAGAACAACAUGCCGUUCGUCCAGGUCGGCCCCGUCGCUCCCCUCGUCAGCCCCGUCACUCACCCGGCCCUGGACCGAUUCUGCUCCUCUCACGAUGAGCCCGCAAAUCAGUCCCUCCAGGGCGGCCUCUCACAGCGUCUGCCCAGUGUCGAAGAAAACACACCUCUCUUCGGCAUCGGUUUGGACCCAGAGGACUUUCUGGCACGUUGGGGCGAGCAAGGGUCAGAGCCUUACCUCUCAUCGCGGCCUAAUUUGCCCAAUGAAUUUAACUUUCAAGUCCCUUCCGCCUGUCCCUCGAUGAUAUCCGGGUCAUCCGCCGCUGAGACUACGAGCCCUCUGACCCGCCAGAACAGCUCCUUCGACAACAUCGGUGCCACCGACAUGGCUCGCCUUGCCUCAUCUCAGUCCCAGAGCGAUGCGUUCCUCUCCCAGGACUCCUUUUUGCCCUUCAACGCCGGUAACUACCCCGGCAGCAAACCCCAAGGCCAUGAACAAGUCUUGCUUGGUCUUGGUGCUAGUCAUCAGUAUGAGUCGUCAGCAUCCAAUGGACUGUCCUUCCUGUCUUCUCCCGUCUCUGCCAACAUGGAGCGAUCCAUCUCCAACACCAGCUGUGCCAGUACAAAGUCGACUGCGUCCACUCUGGAACGCCGUGCCAAGGAUGCUCGAGAGCGCAUCAUCCAGCAGGCAAAGUCAACCACGAUCGCCCCCAGGCCUGAGGAACCACUUGCCACAAGCAAUGCUGGCCCUGCUGCAUCCAAACGAGAUCCCAAGAUGGCCGUCAACAAGAACCAUUACCAGCGCCCCAAGCACCCCAAGGUCUUUUGCGAUGAGUGCCAGGAGCAUCCGGAAGGUUUCAGAGGUGAUCAUGAACUUCGCCGACAUGUCAACGCCAAACAUGAGGGUGUCGUCAAGAAGUUCAUCUGCCGCGACCCAGCUGACGUCGGAAAGACCUCCAAGGUUCAGGCCAUCAAUCCUCUCUCGAAGUGCAAGGCCUGCACCAGUGGAAAGCUGUACGGUGCUUACUACAAUGCGGCUGCGCACCUUCGUCGCACCCACUUCAAGCCCAAGACUCCUCGCGGAAAGAAUAAGAACAAUGAUGAGAAGCGAGGUGGAAAAGGCGGCGGUGACUGGCCCCCCAUGGCUGAUCUCAAGCUCUGGUUUGAAGAGAAGCUCGUCAAGGUUGACCAGCAAGAUGCUCUCAGCCCUGACCAAGAUGAUACCGACGCAGACAUGCUUGAUGCUGAAGUUCCCGACGUCUCGGUGGACACCCCGAUGGGGAUGUUUUCGCACAUUGGUAGCAGCAUGAACCAAUAUGACAUGGAAGCUGCUCGCUACGAUCUCACCGUGGACACCGCAGACGCCAACAAUGCCAUGUUGGGUGCCGCCGCUGACAUUGGUAUGACGGCACCCAUCUCAUCCGCAUCUGGCGGGUUUGGGUAUUCGCCUUACUCUGAUGGCUCGCCCAUCGGCCUAGACGGCGACUAUGCCUUCUCAGAUCAGGGCGCGUCGGUAUAUGGCACAAAUCUGUCAUCCUCCAACACCAUCACACCCUCUACGUACCAGGACAUUUCCCUCACCGUCUCAGACGCGAUGUGGGGAUCUGUCUAG